AUGGUUCUCAAGCUCUAUGGCUCAGCCAUGUCUACGGCCCGUGUCUUGGUUACUAUCCUUGAGAAGGAGUUGGAAUUCGAAUAUAUCCCUAUUGAUAUGGCAAAGGGGGAGCAGACGACCGAGGCAUAUAAGCAGUUGCAACCUUUUGGUAAGGUGCCUGUGUUAGCGGACGACGGGUUCCGUAUCUUUGAGAGCAGGGCAAUUUGCAAAUAUCUUGCCAGGGUGAAAGGCCUUGGGCCCCCAGAUGAAGUCAGGGUCGCUCAGGCUGAGGCUGCCUUUGAUACAACCUUUGCAAUCUAUGACAGGAUUCUUGCUAAGCAAAAAUAUCUCGCUGGAGACGAAUUGACGUUGGUAGAUUUAUUUCAUCUACCAAAUGCAUCGGCCUUGAAAGCACACGGGUAUCAGCAUGUAUUUGAUAAGUAUCCAAAUGUGGACAAGUGGUUUACGGGCUUGCAGGAAAGAGAGACUUGGAUCAAGGCUACCGCUUUGACGGGAUAG